UUGAGCUUCUCUAUUAUAAAGCAGUUAAAUAGCACAACUCCUUCAUAUAGCAGAACUCCUCCAUUUCCUUCAGGCUCUAGUUGUAAUAAUAGUAUGGAGCCUGUGGCAUCAAUAUCAGGGGAAUGGAGCUUCUUCAGUGGAAUGUAUUUAACUGAGGAGGCUGAUUUUAUGGCACAUCUACUUGGUAACUGUUCACUUCCAAAUGAACUACCAUCCACUUAUUGGACUGGUCAUGAAUCAACCAUGAACAUGGGAGGAGCAAGAGAAGUUCCAUUUUAUUCUUCAAACGACACUAACAAUACUAUGUAUAGUGGUGGUAGUGGUUCUUGUUUUCCCCCUCGGAGUCAUGAAAGUUACUACUCAAGUUAUUCUCGGCCUAUCUUGAUGAGAAAUGAUAGUUCAAUAACAAUGGAAUAUGGUCUUGUGGAAGGUCAAAUCAAUCCAAUCGAAGCGGAUGAUUUCCUUAACCGAGAUCAUGUGAGCAAUGACAGCAUGGAGUACAAUGAAAACAUGCCUGAAGCUGUUCUUGAUGGAAAUGGUUUGCAGCUUGGAAGAAGAGAUUAUGAGCAAUUUCCUGAAGAUAAAAUGGAUAGUUCAUCAGAGAGCUCCAAGAAAAGAUCCCGGUUGCAUGGGCCUGGGCAUGUCCCGAACAACAAGAGAAGCGCAAAGCUUGAGACUGGAGAGAGGGAUGGGAAAAACAAGGCAGUGCUUCAGAGGCAGAACUCUAUGAUCAGUUGCUGCUCAGAAGAUGAAUCUGUUAAUGUUUCUCACGAGUUAACCCGAAAAACCAGAGCCAGCAGGGGUUCAGCAACUGACCCCCAGAGUUUGUAUGCCAGGAAAAGAAGAGAGAGAAUUAAUGAGAAAUUGAAGACAUUGCAGAGUCUCAUCCCAAACGGAACUAAGGUUGACAUUAGUACCAUGCUUGAAGAGGCUGUCCAGUAUGUCAAAUUUUUGCAGCUCCAAAUCAAGCUUUUGAGCUCUGAUGACCAAUGGAUGUAUGCUCCCAUUGCGUACAACGGAAUGGACCUUGGGCUCGAUCUGAGGAUUGGCAUUCCAAAAUGAUGACGUUGAAAAGCUCAAGACAUGGCGGUGUUGGAUUUCUAUAUUAGUAGAUUGAGAGCGUUAUCAUAGAGGGCAUGAAGAAAUAUUGCAAUUUUGUAAUGGUGCCUAUAAUUAAUACUUACUACAUUCUUGACUGGUU